GCAUUAUUUACUCUGAUUUGACAAUGUUGUGAACAAGAGACGACAGUCUUCCCUCAUAAUCCACUCACAUUUUCAUGAAUAGCAGCAUCUCCUCUCCUCCACCACAUCAGAAUGGGAAGGCUAUAAAUAGUAUACUCUCUUUCAGCCAACAUUCAAUUGCAUUUGACGCAUCAUGCCUUCCCUCUUCUACCUCUCUCUCUCUCUCUCUCUAGCUCUCGCUCUCGCUCUCAUUUUAUCCCUCUCCACCGCCCAGGAGCCCAUCCAUGAAGCCUGCGCAGCCACGCGCUUCCCAGACGAUUGCGUCUCCAACCUCAUGCAUUCCACCCUCCCGCCCACCGCCACCUCUCUGCAGCUCCUCCACUCCGCCAUCUCCAUCUCCGCCGACAAACUCGCCGCGGUCCAGAACUUGGCCAAGGGCAUCUACCAAUCCGCCGGGGACAGCCGCAACCGCAGCGUCGCCGCCGCCACCUGCAUCGAAAUCCUCGCCAACUCGCAGCACCGCAUCGCCCUCGCCUCCGACGCCCUGCCACGUGGCGGAACCAAGGACGCGAAAGCCUGGCUGAGCGCCGCCCUCGCCUACCAGUACGACUGCUGGAACAGCUUCAAGUACGCCAACGACACCCGCGAGGUCGCCGCGGCGAUGACGGCCAUCACCAAUCUCAUGGUUGCCUCCAGCAACGCCCUCAGCAUGGCGUCCGCGCUCUACGCCUACGGAAGCGACUCGGCGGCGUGGAAGCCACCCGCCACCGAGCGCGACGGCUUCUGGGAGCCCGUCGGGGCGAGCGGCGGUACCGGAGUCCCCGGGGUUCCGUCGAAUUUGAAGGCGGACGUUACGGUGUGUAAAGAGGGAGGGAGCGGGUGUUAUAAGACGGUGCAGGAGGCGGUUAACGCGGCUCCGGAUAACGGCGUUAAGAGGUUUGUGAUAUAUAUAAAGGAAGGGGUUUAUGAAGAAAGCGUUAGGGUUCCGCUGGCGAAGAGGAAUGUGGUUUUCUUGGGCGAUGGCAUGGGCAAAACGGUCAUCACCGGCUCUGCUAACGUUGGCCAACAGUUUAUGACAACUUACAACUCUGCGACCGUGGCGGUUCUUGGCGAUGGAUUCAUGGCUAAGGAUCUGACAAUCGAAAACACUGCGGGUCCCGACGCCCACCAAGCAGUGGCAUUCAGAUUAGACAGUGACCUCUCCGUGAUUGAGAAUUGCGAAUUCUUGGGCAACCAAGACACUCUCUAUGCUCACUCUCUGCGCCAAUUUUACAAGUCAUGCCGCAUCCUGGGCAACGUCGACUUCAUAUUCGGCAACGCCGCUGCAAUUUUCCAAGACUGCCAGGUCCUAGUUCGCCCCAGGCAACUCAGGCCAGAGAAGGGAGAAAACAAUGCCAUCACUGCACAUGGCAGAACAGACCCUUCGCAAGCCACCGGCUUUGUUUUCCAGAACUGUUUGAUCAAUGGCACCGAGGAAUACAUGGCUCUCUAUCGCCGCAACCCCAAAGUGCACAAGAACUAUCUGGGUAGGCCCUGGAAGGAGUUCUCCAGAACAGUUUUCAUCAAUUCAUUCUUGGAGGCCCUUGUGACGCCCCAGGGUUGGAUGCCAUGGAGUGGUGACUUUGCUCUCAAGACCCUUUACUAUGGGGAGUUUCAGAACACGGGACCUGCUGCUGAUUUGUCUCAUAGGGUGCCAUGGAGUAGCAAGAUACCUGCUGAAAACGUGUUAACGUAUUCAGUGCAGAAUUUCAUUCAAGGAAAUCAGGUGUCAUCAUCUGCUGCUGGCCCAUCGUCGUAAGGGGCACCCCUUUUGUUAAUUCCCAAUUACCAAUACAAUAACAAUAUUAUCCGGUUUAGGAACAUAUUCAAAUCAAUCUGAGACGUGCUGCUAAAUACCAUGACGUGUUUUAUCGUAAUAUGUUUUUCGAAUGUUUUGUUUAUCAUUCAUAAAGGUGAAAAGAGGAACAAGAGGACUACAAUCUAACAAUAAA